GUUGAUCCACGCGAAGCUAAGGCAGCCGUAAUUCACGGAUCGGAUCUGCGCGAGAUGACCGAAGAGCAAUUGGCUGAUGUGAUUGCGAAUCACGCAGAAAUUGGAACAGCUUUGAAUUUUGAGACGAGUCAAAGUUCAUUCGUGAUGAGUAAGAUUAGUGUUCACUUGAAUGCUGUCUUCGAAGUUGAUCAAUUUUUAUCAUUUCUGUUUGUGGUACGUGUGUAG